GCGCGAAAAAACCCUUUUCCCCACUACCUCACGCCGUCACGGCCCCACCUGUCAGCCUCCCAUCUCAUCCCCCCGCCGCGCGCCGACGAGUCGUCUUCCCCCACCUCUCGCCUCCGCCUCGUCCCCCCGACAUCGCGUUCGAAAUUUUCGUUCAAAACCCGAGCCCCUCCCUGCGAGGGAACCCAAAUUUUUCGCCCUCGCCUCGCCUCCGAACCGCACUCGGAUUCCCCCGCCGAGAUCCUUAAAAUCCCUCGGCCCCAGCGGUCGGAAACUCGGAACCCUAACACGCGGAGGAUUUGGCCACCGACGAGUUGGGGGGAGGAAGGGAGUUCAAUUCUAGGGUUUUGUUUCGGCGCGGCGGGGAUGCUCGCGUCCCGCAUCCCGCUCAAGCGCUGCACCGCCGCCGCCGUCGUCCCCCUCCCCGGGGAGUUGGAGAUGGAGGAGGGGCCCACCCCCCCCGCCGGGGGUGGUGAGGGGAGCGGCGCGGCGGUGGUGCCCGCCAAGCGCCGCCGCGAGCGGGUGGUCCCCUCGCGGUUUAGGGACUCGGUGGUGUCGCUGCCGCUGCCGCCCGCGAAGAAGGGGAGGCCCGCGAAGAAGGCGGCCGCGCGGGAGGGCGGGGACGGGGAGGUGUACGAUGUGGAGGUGCGCGCGGUGGAGCAACAAGGCGCGACGGCGGCGGCCUUCGGCGCCGUGGAGACCGCGGUGUGGCCCGGCGACGAGCGGCCGGCGCAGACGGAGGAGGAGCUGUACCGGGCGUGCAGGAAUAUCCGCAGGAGCAGCAGCUCCAGCGGGUUCAGCGGCAGCGUGGUGACGUCGCUGAGCAAUGCCGGCGGGAGCGUGGCGCCGGAGGGGAAGCCCGUGGUGGUGGUGGAGUGCAAGCCGAAGAGGGAGGGCGGCGAUAAAAAGGAGGAUUUUUACUGGCCGGAGGAUUUCGUGCUGGGUGAUGUCGUGUGGGCGAGGUCCGGGAAGAAGUGCCCAGCAUGGCCUGCGGUGGUGAUUGACCCACUGCUCCACGCGCCAGCGGUCGUGUUGAACUCCUGCAUCCCGGGUGCACUCUGCGUCAUGUUCUUUGGAUUCUCUUCUGGCGGGCAUGGCAGGGACUAUGGAUGGAUUAAGCAAGGGAUGAUCUUUCCAUUUGUGGACUACUUAGACCGGUUUCAGGGUCAGGCUUUGUAUAAACUCAAGGCAAACAGAUUCCGUCAAGCAAUUGAGGAGGCUUUCCUUGCUGAGCGUGGGUUUUGUGAGCUCGAAAUGGAUGAGGGGUGCUCACUAGAGAAGUCUGUCAAUGACCAGUCUGUCCCUGACGGGUUACAGGAAGGGAGUGGUUCUAACAAUGACCAGGAAUGUCAAUCGGAGGCUCAGGUUGUUGGCAAAUCAACUGGAUGUUGUGAUAGUUGUGGUAAUCGUGUUCCACCCAAGAUCGCGAAGAAAAAGAAGCAAGCGGGAGAGCAGUUACUCUGUAGACACUGUGAUAAGCUAUUGCAGUCAAAGCAGUACUGUGGCAUAUGCAAGAAAAUCUGGCACCACACAGAUGGUGGAAAUUGGGUUUGUUGUGAUGAGUGUCAAAUUUGGGUUCACGUAGAAUGUGACCUAACAUGCAUCAACAUGGAGGACUUAGAAAAUGCCGAUUACUUCUGUCCAGAUUGCAAAUCAAAACGCAAGACAGUACCUCCUGUUGAACAAAUGAACACUCCGAACAGUUCAGAAUGUGCUAGCACUUCUAAGGAAAAACUGCCGGAAAUGAUACCUGUGUUCUGCUUUGGGAUGGACGGAAUGUAUUUACCUAAGAAGCACAUGAUACUAUGCCAAUGUAAUUCUUGCAAAGAAAGGCUGAUGAGUCUGAGUGAGUGGGAGAGACAUACUGGUUCAAGGAAGAAGAACUGGAAGAUGAGCGUUAAACUUAAGAGCAAUGGGGAUCCAUUGGUAACCUUGUUGGAUGAUAUUCCCUGCGCAAAUGUGAAGUCUUCUACACCAAGUAUUAAUAAAGAAGAGUUGCUGAAAUUGCUAGCAAAUUCUUUUAGACCUGUCAAUGCUAGAUGGACAACUGAACGUUGUGCUGUUUGUCGAUGGGUUGAGGAUUGGGACUACAAUAAAAUUAUUAUUUGCAACAGAUGCCAAAUAGCUGUCCACCAAGAGUGCUAUGGAGCACGUGAUGUACAAGAUUUUACAAAUUGGGUCUGUCGAGCAUGUGAAUUGCCGAAACAAAAAAGAGAAUGUUGUCUUUGUCCUGUCAAAGGCGGUGCUCUCAAGCCAACAGAUAUUGACCAACUAUGGGUUCAUGUUACAUGUGCCUGGUUUCAACCUAAAGUCUCUUUUCCUGUUGAUGAGACAAUGGAGCCAGCCAUGGGCAUAUUGAGCAUCCCUUCAGAGUACUUUAAGAAGGCAUGUGUUAUAUGCAAGCAGAUGCAUGGUGCCUGCACUCAGUGCUACAAGUGCUCUACUUAUUAUCAUGCAAUGUGUGCAUCAAGAGCAGGAUAUCGCAUGGAGUUGCAAUACUCUGAAAAAAAUGGAAGGAACAUAACAAGAAUGGUUUCCUACUGUGCAUUUCACAGUACUCCUGACCCAGAUAAUGUCUUGAUAGUUAAGACGCCUGAAGGAGUUUUCUCAACCAAAUUUUUGCCCCAAAAUAAUGAGAAACAGAGUGGUACAAGACUUGUCAGGAAAGAGAAUCUACAGGAGAAAGUCCUUCCUGCUAAAAUUUCUGACUGUCCAGCUGCAAGGUGCCUACCUUAUGAAAUGCUGAAAAAUAAGAAAGAACCAGGAGAGGCAAUUGCCCACAGAAUAAUGGGACCCCGACAUCAUUCCCAAGAGUCAAUUGAGGGUUUGAACGCUUGCAUGGAUCAAAAGGAUGAAAAAUCCUUCGCAACUUUUAGAGAACGACUUCGGUAUUUACAGAAAAUAGAAAACAAAAGGGUCUCUUGUGGUCGAUCUGGAAUACAUGGAUGGGGACUCUUUGCUGCUAAGAAAAUCCAGGAGGGGCAAAUGGUUAUCGAAUAUCGCGGUGACCAAGUUAGACGUAGUGUUGCAGAUUUGAGGGAAGCACGAUAUCACAGGGAGAAGAAAGAUUGUUAUCUGUUCAAGAUCAGCGAAGACGUUGUCGUUGAUGCAACAGAGAAAGGGAACAUAGCCCGCCUAAUUAAUCACUCGUGUAUGCCUAAUUGCUACGCAAGGAUCAUGAGUGUUGGCGAUGAAAAGAGCCAGAUAAUUCUUAUCGCCAAAAGAGACGUCUCCGCUGGCGAAGAACUAACCUAUGACUACUUGUUUGACCCUGACGAGUCCGAGGACUGCAGGGUCCCUUGUCUGUGUAAAGCUCUUAACUGCCGUGGAUACAUGAACUGAAGUGAACAUUCUCACAAGUCACAAGGCUAACCCCCCUUAACCAUGCCAAAGGGCUAUAUUCUCAGAUUCAUCAUGAUUCUUUCGUUUAUUCAAAGGCUGGUUGUCAAACAAGCAUCAAAGUUUGUGAUUUUUUUACACAAAUUUUGCUAGAUAGCGAGGCUGGAUUGGAUUUACCGGUUUCAGACUUUCGGUGAGAGCAUAGCAGGCACCUGGCAAUUUAGCAACACGCUGCCAGAGCCCCUUGUAAAUUCUUCUUACUUUGAUGUAAUAAUAAGAUGAUUAAGUUGUUAAUGCCUUUUCUCCAUGAUGAAAAGAAAGAGAAAUGAAUAUCCAAAAUGCAUACCAUUUUCUUC